AUGCAAUUGAAAAACUUAGUUAUCUUAUCAACCGUCUUUGCCGUCGCUGCUGCUCAAUCUAGUUCAGGCUCAGGUUCAGGCUCAGAAUCAGGUUCAUCUGGUGGUUCAUCUUCAGGUGGUUCUUCAGGUUCAUCAUCUUCAGGUGGUUCAAGUGAAUCAGGUUCAUCAUCUGGUGGUUCAAGUGAAUCAGGUUCAUCCUCAGGUGGUAGUGAAUCAUCAGGUUCAAAUGCUGCUGGUUUAAACAUUGCUGGUACUGGUGCUAUUGGUGCUGCUGUUGCUGCCGGUGCUGCUUUAUUGAUGUAA